UCCAGGUGGAGAGGCGGGCGAGUUGCGAAGCACCGCUGAAAUAUUCCACGGCACCUCGCCCGCCCCAGCACUCUUGAGUCCUCACCGCCUCGCAAUGAAGGUAAUGGUCUUCUUGUUGUUGGUGGUGACGGCAAUGCAGAGAGGAAGGACACGCGGCUCCCCCAGGACCCUGCCGGUGGGUGGGCUGGUGAGGGAGGGAGAGCGGCGGCUGUGUGGCUGGAGGCUGGCCAAUGAACUCAAUCGGGUGUGCAAAGGUGUCUAUAACAUGCCGACAGUCUCCAGUAAUGCCCUCUUCUACCUGAAAGGACGAGGAGGAAAAAGAGUGGAUUUGUGGCCAGUCGGGAGGGAACUGCAGUUCCCUUCGUGGACACAAGCACCGGUUGACGAUUUGCGAGCGGGCCAGCUAAGUGAGCCUCGCCUCCUACACAGACCAGUGUCCUCCAGUGAGUACCAGCGUUUGCCCCUGCUGACCGGAGCGGAAGCGUCACAGGUGGUAGGUGGGUCGCCUCGGGUCAAGCGGGGAUUGUCUGCUGAGUGCUGCCGUAAGGCUUGCUCGGUGUCAGAGCUGGCAGGAUACUGCUACUAGUUUGUUGCUGCUAGUCAAAAUGAAUUGUGUUUGCCAUCAUUAAGAAUUAAUCAAGAAUUAUAAUGAAGAAAGCCAUUUUAUUGUUACCAUUACAGCUACGUGUCAAUAUAUGGAAAUCUUAUUUCAGUUCAGAAUCUUACAAUAAUCAUAGUAAACAAAAUCAUCGUUUAUCACCAGUCUUAUUUCUUUCCUAACUACUUUACAUCACAAUAUUUAGAAACGUUAUACACCCCGUCUGUGCACCUCAUUCUCAAUAAUCAUAAUCUCCCUCUAUGAAAACUUACAACGAAAUGCAAAAAUCUCAGAUCUCGCGCCAUUAUAUCAAGCAGCUGUCACUCAGCAAU